AGUAGGAACGCCGAGUCGGCUGCGGUGGCUGUUCUGAGGGUGGCGGCCGGAUAGGUGCGGAACUUCCUGGACGAGGCAGUAGGGAUGCGAGGUUCAGGGGCCGGGCCCGGGCAGCCGAAGUCGUUAGUGAUGCGGUGACUUGACGGUGGGCGGCUUACAUCUCGCGGGAGGGUCGAGGGCUGUGAAGGCGCUUUAGUGAUUGAAGCGCUACGUUUGUGUGAGGGAAUUCUUGUUGUCAGCACCUGAGAACUUAGUUGGGAGCGGACGUUUACACCGGAUCUCUCGUUUGGGACCCAUUCUUGGAUGUGGGAAGAAGUGAGAGCGCGUGUUUGCUCAUCUAGAGACAGCCGUAUUAAUAACGAUAAUAAGGAUACAAACUACCACCACACCAACUAAUAGCAGCUGUCAACCUUUGGGCGGUUACGUGCCGUUCGCUGUUCUAAGCCCCUCACAUAUCAUGUCACUGAAUCUUUAUAGGGACCCAGAACCCCAUUUGACGGAACGGAGAGGCAGACAGGUGACCUGACUUCCCCACAAUCGCUGCAGGACAGGAAGAAAGUUAACUCCAGAGCCCGUGCUUUUAGCUACUAAGCUGUACUGCUCUCUAUUUUGGUGAUGUUCUAAUCAUGUCAGAUAAAGAUGAUAUUGAGACUCCACUGCUAACUGAAGCAGACCCCAUCCUUGAAGAUGGAAACUGUGAGCCAGCCAAGAAUUCUGAGUUUGUUGACCAAGGUGCCAAGCCAGAGAGUAAAUCAGAACCUGUAGUUUCCACUCGGAAAAGGCCAGAGACCAAACCUUCCAGUGACCUUGAGACUUCAAAAGUUCUCCCUAUUCAGGAUAAUGUUUCCAAAGAUGUACCCCAAACCAGGUGGGGUUAUUGGGGGAGCUGGGGCAAGUCCAUACUCUCUUCAGCCUCGGCUACGGUGGCCACAGUAGGACAAGGUAUUUCAAAUGUCAUCGAGAAGGCAGAGACUUCCCUUGGAAUCCCUAGUCCCAGUGAAAUUUCAACUGAGGUCAAGUAUGUAGCAGGAGAGACAAAUGCCAAAGAGAAUGAAAACUUCUCCCCGGUGGCUGGGGCAUUUGGUGUAUUCUCAACUAUCUCUACUGCUGUUCAGAGCACAGGAAAGAGUGUUAUCAGUGGGGGUUUGGAUGCCUUAGAAUUCAUUGGAAAAAAGACAAUGGAUGUGAUAGCUGAAGGGGAUCCUGGAUUUAAAAGAACCAAGGGUCUGAUGAACCGAAAUGCUACACUAUCUCAGGUUUUACGAGAGGCUAAGGAGAAAGAAGAGAUAUGGAACUCCAAUGAGGUUACUAUGGAAACAGACAAGAAAACUCAUUAUGGGUUACUCUUUGAUGAAUUUCAAGGCCUUUCACAUCUAGAAGCUCUGGAGAUGCUUUCCCGAGAAAGUGAAAUAAAGGUGAAAUCUAUCCUUAAUUCUCUGAGUGGAGAAGAAUUAGAAACUCUAAAAGUUGAAUUAGAGCAACUCAAAGAAGCGUUUUCUCUAGCAGAAUUUUGUGAAGAAGAAGAAGAAGAGAAAAAAGGGGAUGAAGAUUUUACCAAGGACAUAACAGAGCUGUUUUCCCAGCUGCACGUUUCCUCCAAACCAGAGAAACUUGCCAGGGCAAGAAAUACCGCCCACGAAUGGAUCAGGAAGUCUCUGACCAAGCCAUUAGCAGAGAAUGAAGAAGGAGAAAAACAGUUGGAAGCAGAAAAUACUGAGCAAGUCAACAAAAAUUCAAUAGAGGAUAUCCAUGUGUUUGCAAUCCGGAGCCUAGCUGAACUGACUGCUUGCUCAAUUGAACUGUUCCACAAAACAGCUGCAUUGGUUCUGCAUGGCAGGAAGCAGGAAGUGACAGCCAUAGAAAGGAGCCAAACUCUUUCCCAGAUGACAAUUGUGUUGUGUAAAGAGUUGUCCUCUUUGUCUAAAGAGUUCACCACCUGCCUAACAAAUGCUGGGGUCAAAGAAAUGGCAGAUGUCCUUAACCCAUUAAUCACUGCAGUAUUUCUAGAGGCAUCAAACAGUGCCUCCUACAUCCAGGACGCCUUUCAGCUACUCUUACCUGUGCUAGAGAUCUCUCUCAUUGAGAACAAGAUUGAAUCACACAGGCAUGAGCUGCAGGGCCAGAAGCCUUUGUUAGAAGAUUGAAGAACGGAGCCGUUUUGACCUGGGACUUGUGAUGGCCAAGGAAUGCCACCUUAUCUGGCUACUCCUACAGAAAUGAAGGAGUGGGGUUAUUUUAGUAUAUAAAAAUUCAGGCAGGAGAGAUGGUUUAAAGAGAAAGAUUGUUGCCUUCAGUGUUUGAUUGAAGUAUUCAGGUCCUCACAGUAUUCUUUCCAGUUGUUGUAAUUCAUAAAUUAUUUGAAAAGAAACUUCUGUAGAAAGUCCAAGAACAGUAACUCUAGAUAAAGGUUAGUGGGAUACUCAGGCAAGAAUGUUGGUCUUUCUUUGACAUGUUGCAAGAUGUUAUCAAUUUUGUCAUGGAUAUAAUUUGCAGCCCAUGGAUACAACUGGUUGAUAAGCCAGAGAAAAAUAAUUUAGUGUUCUAAACUUCAUGGCAUGUGUGGUUUAUUAAUGCCAUGUACUUUCUCCUUUCUGGAAUAAAAUCUAUGGCUGUAAAAAAAACUGAGCAUAUGUAAACUCUGUGAUGAUUACCCUUUAUCACAUGAAUUCUUGGAAAUAGAAAAUUUCAUCUGCAUUUUUAAAUUCUUAGUAGAUAUUUGGCAUUGAGGAGAAACUUGUAGACUAUACAGCCACAUGAAUUAACUAUAGCAAAGUGCCCUUUUUCUUCAAAUUGCUCCCCCAUCCUCAGGAUGACACAUUUCAUGUCAUAGCUGAACCCUACUCUACUGGAUUCAAGGCCAGUAAAUGCCGUUUAGAGAACCAGUUUUAUGUGUGCAGAUAUUCUGAGUCUCUUCAAGAUGUGUUUCGUGUCUACCCUAUAUGCAGGAUAAAUUCUUUACAGCAAACUCCAAAGGAAUGUUGAAGCUGUUUUAGCAAUGAGGUUUUUUUUGUUUGAGUGUUGAAGUGGGCCAUAGUCCUUUAGAAAUUAUGUUCAUUUAUAACAGGAUUUAACUUCUAAGGCACAAUUUAUUUUUUCCUCAUUCUUUGUUUGUUUUGAUGUAUUCUUUAGCAUGUUUUUGAAUAUAACUUUUAUCCUCCAGAUCUUAAGCCUUCUUCUGCUCUGUUCAACAACUUAAACUAUUAAGCUGUCAUCUUCCUAAAAGCUGUUUUGGUAUCCACUCUUCUUAAAAAAAUUCUCCAACUUUGUGGUUUUUAAUGAUUAAGGUAAUUUGUUAGCUCUGCCCCUCAUCUUCUAAAACCUUUGUAAUAAAAUGUAUCAAUCAUGUUAUUUGAUCCUUUCAUUUACUUUUGUAAACACGAGCCCUAAUAUCUUACUCAGACCAAAAAAAAAUAGGAAUGCAAAGCCAUAACAUAGAUUAGUAUAAAGACUGUUUCCAUGUAGUAUCUUUCUUUGGGGCAGGAGUCAGUAAGCAAGGAAGAUAAAUAAAUUUGGUUUAAAAACGUAUACCAACAGCACUACAAUGUUACUCUGCCUAUAUUCUGUCUUAAUAUGAUCAGAGAGUUUUUGAAUAUUCCUUUUUAAAGACAAAUUUCACCCUUCCCAGCUUGAAUAUUUCUGAAGUUUGAGAAAAACAGUUGCCUUCUGGUUACAAAGGCUGGUGUCUCCAGUUUUGAAGUGUUGCCUCAAGCUUGGUUGAUGUGUCUGAACCUGUAUUCCUUGAGGGCAAAGUUUAGAAACUGGUCACUUUGCCUGCUGUCUGUUCAGCCUUUUGUACAAUGGCAGUGUAGCAACUUUAAAUCCUUAACCUAGAAACGUAUUUAAUGUUUUUCUUUCAAGAAAUGGGGUAUAAAUAUGAAGGAGAGAGUGACAACUCUUUAUACACCUGUUCAGAUUUCAGCACUGAAUUUGGCAAAUUUUAGAUUAGGUCUCACAUAAGGUAAAUAUGACUCACUAACUCUUUUUUUCUCAUCAUCCCCAUUAGCUUCCCCACCUCCCAUAUAUAUGUGUGUGUGUGUAUAUAUAUAUAUUUUAAUGGAGUUAGGGACCACUAGUGAAAUGAUGAAAGGCCCAAUUCUGAGUAACAAUUGUCUACUCUUCACAUAAAAUAUACUGAAAAAGAAUUAAGGUUCCUUGAUCCAGUAGAUAUAGAGAAAAAUAAACAUGACAGAUGAAUAGGUAAAUUCAGGGAUCACUUUGGAACCUGCUGGAUUAUGGUGAUGGUUUUUGGAUAGUAUGUGCUUCAUUAUUGUAUUUGGGGUAGUUACAGUCUUGUAGUUUUUUGGUAACAGCUACACUUUUGGUACUAUUUUCCUUUUAAAUUUUUGGUGUCUAAGAUUUACCACUAAUUACUAAUAUAUGCCUUUCCAAUUCACUUAAAACUUUAAUAAGUGAAAUGUUCAAGUUUUGCUAGGGUAAAUUUGUCUUUUCCUGCUAUUGAGAUUUUUAAAGGCUGUGAUUAAGAGAGAUUAUUAAUUUGAUCUAAAAGAAGUAGAAACCUCUAUGAAACUAUUUUCCUUUACAUAAUACCUUAGAAAUGUGUUAAAGACAAGCUAUAUUUUCCUUACUUGUUUUGAUAGUUUUUUUUUAAGCAUAGAUCUUCAGGUUGGCAGGCCUCUGAAAUGUGAAAUUAUAAUUUUUAUAGAUGGCAUUACAUCGAAUCUGAAAUCAGUGCUAGGCGUACAAAUGUGAUUUUUUCAAUCCUAUAACCGAAGAACAAGAUCUCGUGGGUUCCUACUGCUGAAAAAAGAUGCUCUCUUUUGUACUUGUUUUUAAUGAAAGACUUUUUUGAGGGAGAGCUAUUUUAUAGGUAGUUGCUAUUGAUGUCUCCAUUUGAGAAAUAGACAUUUUUCUGUAUUUCUAGAGGUGUUCUGAAUUUAAGCCUGAAUUCUUCAGUUUAGAAAAACCCAGAAUAAAAUUAUAUCC